CGAAAAAUGGCGAAUCCUGCCAGAGACGGCUAUCAGGAAUUUGAUAAUGAGCCGGAGGCCCCCGGAGAUACAGAGGUACAGACACCACGAAGAAAUACAGUUUCCGAGGACACAUCGUUAUUUCAAGAUCGUCUUCCGACAGAAAAUUCGUUGACUCCGGAGCAGGCAUUCAUCCACAUGGUCAAAGCAAUGUUAGGAACCGGAUUAUUGUCCCUUCCGCUAGCUUUCAAGCAUUCUGGGCUUUUUCUCGGAUUAAUUCUCACAGUGCUCAUCUGCCUGAUAUGUUUAUAUUGCAUGCGGCAGGUCGUUUUUGCCGCUCAUUUUGUGUGUAACAGAAAUGGUCGAGAUCUCAUCGAUUAUGCGAAUAUUAUGCGAGGCGCCGUGGAAAUGGGACCACCGUGGAUAAAGCGGAAUGGAUACUUCUUCAAACAACUUGUAAAUGUAAAUAUGUUCAUCUCUCAACUGGGCUUCUGCUGUGUAUAUUUUGUGUUUAUGGCCGAUAAUUUGGAGGAUUUUUUCAACAAUAACACGUCAAUUCAUUUGUCAAAAGCAGUUUGGAUGCUUCUGCUCCUUAUUCCGAUGCUCUCAAUUUGUUCAAUUCGUCGUCUUUCAAUUCUUGCUCCAUUUGCAAUGGCUGCAAAUGUUGUCUACGUGGUUGCAGUUGCCGUUGUUCUGUUUUUCUUCCUUUCAGAUCUCCGGCCAAUUUCUUCUCUCCCGUGGUUCGGAAAAGCCACGGAUUUGCCACUUUUCUUCGGAACUGUAAUGUUCGCGUUCGAAGGAGUCGCUGUGAUAAUGCCAAUUGAAAAUCGAAUGCAAUCUCCACAUGCGUUCAUUUCUUGGAAUGGAGUUUUGAACUCAUCCUGCCUUGUCGUUCUCGCGAUUUUCAGCGUUACUGGAUUCUAUGGAUAUUUAUCACUUGGAAAUGAUGUCAAAGACACAGCUACCCUCAAUUUGCCAAUGACACCAUUCUAUCAAACGAUAAAAUUAAUGUUUGUGGCGUGCAUCAUGAUCUCCUAUCCUCUUCAAUUCUAUGUGCCAAUGGAAAGAAUCGAAAAAUGGAUUACUAGAAAGAUUCCCGUCGAUAAACAAACAUUGUACAUCUACAUUGCCAGAUAUUCCGGAGUUAUUUUGACUUGUGCAAUAGCUGAGCUUAUUCCUCAUUUGGCUCUUUUCAUCUCAUUAAUCGGAGCAUUUUCUGGAGCUUCAAUGGCUCUUCUCUUCCCUCCGUGCAUUGAACUUUUGACAUCCUACGCGAAAAACGAGUUGAGCACUGGAUUAUGGAUCAAAAAUAUCGUUCUUCUCACUUUUGCCUUUAUUGGAUUCACAACGGGAACCUAUAGUGCACUUAUCGAAAUUGCAAAAACUUUUGCAUAGAUUUAAAUAUCUAUAAUAUUUAAAUAUUUUCAGCGUUUUAGCUGGAAAUUCCCAGAAUUUUAUUGCACCUUUAUGGAAUUUUUUGGAAUUUUUUUUUGUAUAUUUCGUGUCCUUCCUUGUCGGUUGUUCAAUUUGUGAUGAUGAUUUUUUCAUAUUUUUGCGGCAUUUUUUUUUCAUUUUCGUUUCAUUCCCGAAUAACAUGUACUAUUUAUUUUGUUAAUAAAAUUCGAGCUUCUGUG